AUGACUGAUGCCAUGGAUGGGAACAUUGAGUUUGGAGAUGUGAAUAAAAAGAGAUCUGAGUCUUGCUAUGUAAUAGACGAGCUAAGUGCACAAAAUGUUCCCAAUGGAUUGGACCACACAGGUACUUCAUGUGCUUCAUGUGUACAGAUUGCUAGCCUUUCAACGUGAAUGUUCAGCAUUAUCUGGGUGUAUUCUCAUUUCAUUGCUAUGUGUUAGAGGUCCCGUGUAGCUCAGUUGGUAGAGCAUGGUGUUUGCAACGCCAGGGUUGUGGGUUCGAUUCCCACAGGGGGCCAGUAUAAAAAAUGUAUGCACUCUCUAACUGUAAGUCGCUCUGGAUAAGAGCGUCUGCUAAAUCACUAAAAUGUAAAAAUGUUAUGUUUUCUUCUCCUCACCCAGGAAACAUAUAUUGCAUGUUGUAAGUGGUAUUUUCUUCCCAAUUCCUGAAGUCUCUGCCAAUGAGAGCUCCUACCUGCUACCUAUUUAUUCCAUAUUACCAACAAAAAUAUUAGGUAUUGUCAUGGAAAUACUUCUCAAAGAUAUCUCUCAGACACCGGAGCUUGUGAGUUCAGAAUAGACUUUAUUACAAAGUAACAAGCCAAGCUGGUCUGCGGAGCAACUGCCAGUCCCAGAUUUGGAGCUCUCUUUUUAUACAGCUUCAUCUUUUCAUAUCAUACCGGAACCCCCUCUUUAUCCAAAUAGCCACCCUCCCUUGACCUUGAGCCACUAUGCUUUCUUUGUCUAGCCUCUUUCCUGUCUAUGCCCAUGUCUGCUUGGUUUCCUGUCCUCUUACCUGACUCUAUUGGUGGCGUGAUAAAGACAGUCCCACCUGAUGAUAAUUAUAUAGUACAUUGAUUACUGCAGUCACAAUGUGGUUGUCCAGUCAUGCAUCUGGAUUACAAAAUAUGUUUCAUAAUAUGUUUCAUACAUCAUAGACAGGUGUAGUCACUAAUCCUCUUUUAAACCCAUAAUGAUUCUGCUUAUUGUGAAAUUAUUUUAUAAUAUAUGUAAUGGAAAAAUACCUAUAGUAUCACUUUGAAUGAAGAUUGAAGCAAUCUGUACACAAUACUGUUGCACAAGAUGACAUUGCAUUAGCUGAAAACAUAACUAACCACCACUUAUUUAUUGAUCUCAUUUCAUAUCAGGUCUGUCACAUUCAGAACCUCCAAUUGAUGAGAAUUCUGAAUUUCAUCACCAGAACAUCCAUAUAACCUUACCAACAGACGACAUGAAUGAAGCACAACAAUGGUCUGUGGCAAAAGACCAACCACAGCCUACUUCCCCACAGUUGACUCCCACAAAGCAUUGCCCACCACACCAAAUGAGAGAGCCAUCCACUUCAAUCACAAAACUUCUGCUGCACAGAUCAACCAAGUGGAUGGAGAUGGUAAGAGACUAUUCUGAAUGUGAAGAAAUGAAUUACUUAUAGAUUUAGAUAGUAUAAAUCUAGUUUUGUAUUUAUAGUGUUGUACUUUCCAAAUGCCACUGCCCUUCCAAUCCAUGUUUCCCUGCUUUCUGUCUUAUCACACCCUUAGGCCUGUGUGCCUCCAUCCUCUUGGCAUGUCUGUUCUGCCAGCCUUGGGACUGUUUACUGGCCACGGGAAAGGAUGCCAUGCCUGUGCCUCGUCCCUGUGCUCCACAGUGUGCUGCUGUGAGCCUGAUUCCCUGGAGCCUAUGCUGGACAUGACCCAUCACUGUGGCUUCUGUGGGUGUCUGGAUGCCCACUGCUGCCUGUGUGGAGGUCCAGAAUUUGAGUGCUGUGUCUGUGAUAUAUGCAUACAGACCACAGAGUGUCUGGAUCUAGGCAUGGAGAUCUCACAAAUGCUCUUCCACUAA